AUGUUUGACUGGCUUCGUUUUGUGUGGCUUCUCAUCGUCGUCUUUCUCUUCAAAUCCAAACAACAUGUCUUGUUGACUCGGGAUGAUCUGUUGAAACAAGAACACUUCCCUAUCAGUAAAAAGAAGAAGGAUGAUGAUGCUCAUCAACAACAACACCCACAUCAUCACGCUCCCGAUGUUUAUCACAGCAUCAUACCGACCUGUAAACACAUUACUCACUAUUUCGUAACACCUUUUGAUGUCGAUUGGAAUUUACAUUUGAAUAAUGCUCAAUAUCUUGUAGCGCUUGAAUUUGCAAGAAUAAGCUACGGAUUCACCUCUCACAUGUGGACACGAGCAAGAAACGUUUUGAAAGCUAAUCCUCUCCUGAUGGGAAUUUCAUUUCAAUUUAGAAGAGAUGUAGGCAUGUUCCGAUGGCUUCGUGUCGAGUCUCAAGUUCUUUCAUAUGAUGAUCGUUUCAUGUACAUGGAACAGACGUGUUUUGUUGGAGGCAAAUUUGUAGGAAGAGGUUUGGCGAGGAUUGGUUUUGCAGGAAAGAAGGGAUUAUUGAAUAGUUCUGAAUGGGCAUCAGUGGUAUUGUGUGGAGAAGGCGUAAAACAACAAUCCAAUGCUUCUUCAUCAUCAUUGAAUCGGACACAUUCGGAAGAACGUUCCUCUCUUGUUGAAUCUCUCUCAUUGAAUCAUCAAUUGGAGAAGAUUAAGAGUUAUAUUGAGAAGGAGAAUCAAUCCAUGCACACCAAUGAUGACCAUGCCCAAGCAAAUAUGGCUCGAGAAGCUUUGAAGAGAUUGGAAAGAGUACGAACAUUUGCGGAGCACGAUUCCACCCUGAAGGAAUGA